AUGUCAUUAUUUAUAGAAGACGACGAUGAGCUAAAGGAGGAAAAGACUACUUUAUUAGAAGAUAGAGUUGAUACUACCAAAAACAGCAGUAGAGUUAAUGCCGACCCUCACCAGUCUCCGCGAAGUGCGCAGUCCAUACCGAUUGCUUAUCAUCAAGAUGAGAUGAUACCUGUAUAUCCGGAUCGUGAAGUCAAUUGCGCUUUGCCUUUGAAGUACCAACAGGAGAUUGUAGAGGAUAUGUUAGCCAAAGACACUCUUUUAAUUCUAGGACGAGGUUUGGGAUGGGAGGUGAUAACUGCAAAUUUGUUACAUGCUCUUAGCUCACCGUUUGUGCAACUUGGCAAAACUCAAAAGAAAAAGAGCUUGAUAUUUGUUUUAAAUGCACGAGAAGAAGAAAUGAUAAGGUUGAAGGAAGAGUUGAAUGAUCUCAAUUGGAUAAACAAUAACAAGGAACCUAGUGAAUUUGUAUCAAUUUCCGGAGAUUCUCAAUCGCCAAAAAGGAAAGCAACUUACUUGCAAGGAGGAAUAAUUUCGAUUUCAGCAAGGGUAUUGGUAGUCGAUAUCCUAACUGGGAUGAUAGAUCCAAAUGACAUCACUGGGUUGUUUGUGCUACGUGCAGAGCGUAUCAGAGAAACUUCCAACGAUGCCUUCAUCAUCAAUUUGUUUCGAGAUAAGAAUAGUUGGGGAUUUAUAAAAGCAUUUUCAGAUGAGCCGGAGCUGUUUACUGGAUUCACUCCUUUGGCAAGCAGGUUGAAGGUGUUGAGGUUGACUAAUGCAAUGCUUUGGCCACGGUUUCACGUUACAGUCACACAAUCGUUUAAUUAUCAUAAGAAGAAGGACGACUCGAGAAAGUAUGUCACAGAGAUCAAUGUUAAACUCUCAAGUAAGAUGAACCGAAUCCAAGCUGCUCUAUUAACUUGCAUACAAGCUUGUAUAGGGGAGUUGAAACGACAUAAUCCAACACUAGCCACUGAGUAUUGGGAUAUGGAAAAUGUACAUGACCCUGAUUUUGUUAGGAUAAUUCGCUAUUCAUUGGAAUCCCAAUGGCAUAGAUUGACCUUUACUUCUAAGCAAUUGAUAAACGAUCUCACGACAUUGGUUGAGUUGUUGAGUGAUUUGGUCACGGUUGAUUCCGUAACGUUUUAUCAAACAAUUAAAGGCAUUGUAGAUGCCAAUAUUAAACAGCAGUCGGGAGGAUUGAACAGAUCUAUGAGUCCAUGGUUGAAUUUGGAUGAGUCUCAGACAGUGAUUAGCUAUGCCAAAGAUAGAGCAAUGGGACAUGAUAACAAUGGGGAAUAUUAUCUAGAGGAGUUACCAAAAUGGGACCAGCUAGGUUUAUUGAUUGAUGACAUAUUGCAUGAACAAGCUGUAAAUUCGGAUACUUCUUCUUAUGGACCUAUAUUGAUAAUGUGUUCGAGCAAGAAAGUGGCUAAACAAUUGCGCAAAUUGUUGCUUGUAAUGAAGAAGAUUGAAGGGGAUACCUCCUCCCGUAGCCGAUACGACUUUAGGUCAUAUAUGGUUAAAAGAUUGCAAGAGUAUUUAAGCUGGAAAAGGGUAAAUGAAUUAGUCAAGAAAAUCAAUUCCGAUUUGAAUAAUGAGCUGGAGAAAUCUCACCAAGAAGUUGGUGAAGGCGCUGAGAUAACAAUGUCAAAAACGUUUUCGAGAAAUGGUCAGCCAAUUAGUAAAAGAAGAAGAACUAGAGGUGAUUCUAUUUCCGCUCGUGUUGAAAGACUUUAUUCGCUAGGAAACAUAAACGGUGGUGAUGGUGAUGGUGGUGGUAAUGAAGAUGGUGAUCUAACAAAACAAGAGGAAGAAAGGAUUAAACAGCUAGUAGAUGCAGAUGCAAACGAGGAAGGAAAAGAAGAAGAAGAAGAAGAAGAAGAAGAAGGAGUAGAAGAAGAAGUAGAAAGGGAACACGCUGAUACCACUCUAGAUGACAUUCAAGCUAAUUUUCAAUUUAUUAACAGCGACAGUCAGAUAAUAAUUCAAGUGUACAACGAAACGUACAAUGCGUCAUUUUUGGAAGAGUUGUCCCCUUCAUUCAUUAUAAUGUACCAACCGGACUUAUCCUUUAUUAGGAGGAUUGAGAUUUACCAAGCAAUAAGCAAGGAUAAUCCUGCUAAAGUCUACUUCAUGUAUUAUGGAGAAUCCGUUGAGGAACAGAAACAUCUUCUUCGAAUCAAGAAAGAAAAAGAAGCGUUUACAAGAUUGAUUAAGGAGAAGGCAACCUUGAGUAAGCAUUUUGAAACUUCAGAUGAUAAUUAUAAGUUUCAGAUUCAGCGGAACCAAGUAGUCAAUACCAGAAUUGCUGGUGGUGCACAAUUUCGAACUGAAAAUGAUGAAAUGCGAGUAGUUGUUGAUGUAAGAGAGUUUGGGUCAUCUUUACCCAAUUUGUUAUACAGAAUUGGAAUAAAAGUAAUACCAUGUAUGAUCACUAUAGGUGAUUAUAUAGUUAGUCCAAGGAUUUGCGUUGAGAGGAAGUCGAUACCGGAUUUGAUAUCGAGUUUCAAAAGUGGAAGGUUGUACAAUCAGUGUGAGCAAAUGUUUCGGUAUUACGACUUGCCUACUUUGCUUAUUGAGUUUGACGAAAAUAAAUCCUUUUCAUUAGAGCCCUUUAGCGAGGCAAAGUUUUUAAAGGCCAAAAGCAGCAGCAGCAGCAGCAGCAGCAGCAAUGCCACAACAAGUUCAAUAGAUCCCAAAAUACGACAGAACUUGCAAUCGCAAAUACUUUCCUUACUAUAUUCUUUUCCCAAAUUGAAAAUCAUAUGGUCUUCAUCUCCAUAUGAAACGGCCCAGAUAUUUUUGGAACUCAAAUCGAACCAGGAGGAGCCAGACGUGGGAAUGGCGUUGGAUAAAGGCGUCAACCGAAGCGUGGUAACUCAAGAUGGCGGCCCGCCAGUGUACAAUGAUGAUCCAAUCGAUUUUAUUCAGAAUAUCCCAGGCAUAAAUAGUAUGAAUUACUAUUCUGUCAUUCAGAAAGUAAGGAACAUUGAGGAAUUGGUUAAAUUGUCGGUAGAGGAUUUUACAUCUAUUUUAGGAAAUGAAAAUGGUCGAAAGGCGUUUAAUUUUAUAAAUCGCCAAUAUGGAUAA